UCCGAGUCAGGUGGAGAAAGAGAGAGACAUUCAUCAUGAGUUUGAACGACAAAGACAAGGCUGCCGUCAAGGCCCUGUGGAACAAAAUCUCCAAGUCAGCUGAUGCCAUCGGGGCUGAAGCUCUGGGAAGGAUGCUUGUCGUCUAUCCGCAGACCAAGACCUACUUCUCCCACUGGUCAGACUUGAGCCCCGGCUCCGGCCCCGUGAAGGCCCACGGAAAGAAAGUGAUGAGUGGAAUCGCUCUGGCUGUGACCAACAUCGACAACCUGACCACCGGUCUGCUCGAUCUCAGCGAGCAGCACGCCUUCCAGCUGAGAGUGGACCCGUCCAACUUCAAGAUCCUCUCCCACUGCAUUCUCGUGGUGCUCUCCAUCAUGUACCCAAAGGAUUUCACCCCUGAGGCCCACGUCGCCUUGGAUAAGUUCCUGUGUGCAUUGGCCCUGGCUCUCUCAGAGAAAUACCGCUGAGCUGAUCCUUCAUUGUGGAAUGCGGUGCAUGUGCAAUCAUGUAACUCAUGGUGAAAAAAAAUCAUAGAAUAAACUGCAUAUCCAAAACUGA